AUGAGCACCAAGCAUCGUCAUGGACGCUCCAACAGCCUGCAACUGAUGUUGGACCUGGAAAAGCAGUAUAUGUUCGACCGACUCCAUCCGAACCCGGCCCAGCCGAACGCACAGCCUCUACCGCUCCCCGGAUGCGGCACCGAACAGCCUUUUGCCGACCACCGGAACGUUCAAAUCUGCUGCGUUGAGGGCGAUGUUUUAAAAUCCGGGGGAAAGGAGGGCAGAAUCCGUCACGAUAACUCCCUUCCUCUUCAGCUCCCACAUCUUGCGGUCAAUGCGACAGAACAUCUCGCAACGAGUCCGCCCGAGUUGCUCAUGGAAGGUGGCAAGUCUUUUCCUCCUGCGCGCGGAGCGUCGUCGGCGGCCCAAAAACACGGCAAGCACGCAAAAGUAGUUGCUUUUGAAUUUCCCCCAAAGGAAACGGCGCGAUGCCACUCUCCUACCUGGGAGGCGUACGAACGACGCAAAAGCGAGAAAAGGCUAGGAAGGAAUGAGUCGACCAACAGAAGAACCACUCGGCUUUCCAAAAAACCGCCGCCACCUAGCUCCGCGACGUUGCUUCAGCAGGCUCUAGCCUCGGAAUCGGAUGCUGCGCGAGGUCGUCGGAGAGAGAGGGCAGACAGCACGGCAGCAGUCAACAGUUCAAGCCAAGAGAGAAAGCCUCCUCGAAAGGAUCGCAGUCGAUCAAGUUCAUUCGUGUCCAUGCUCAGGACGCCUUUUGAGUUCCGCCGUUCUUCUGUCGACAAGGGAAAUGAUUCCGGGUUUAUCGGGGGCAUCAAGCUGGAGUUUCAGCGCUAUGCCGCCCAGCAGCAUGCCGUUCACGGCAAUCCCGGGCACGGUGACUCGAAUCUUCACCCCGUGCUUCGGAAGGGCAACCCAGAGUUUAGGUGGUCUACCCCUGUGAAGUCGCCUCCUCCUCCACCAUCCGGACCAGCAUCGCCAGCUGGUGCCGACAAUGUCCGGCGCCGAUAUCCCCCGAUUACCCGAGUUAAUGCUAUUCAUCUCAAGACCAGCUCCCUUGCCUUCCCCGCUUCUCCUGCCGUUCCCAACGCGGAAACUGCGGAGAACUGGCGAGCUAAAGCCGGCCCUGAGCCAGGAACGCAUACAGGGUCCAUGAUGGAUGCAAAUCAGGACACGAGACGGCCUGACGGAGUGGCCGCAUCCACGGCACCCGGGGGGGGUGCGGCAGAGUCGGGCAAGCAGCAAAAAAGCUUAUCCAGAGCUGUGCAUGGGUCACGCCCGCAGCCUCUGAGCAGUCCCCUUGCUCCAUCACCGCCGUCACCGGUGCAUGUCACUUCCGCAGCCGGGUCCAGUCCGCCUCCCAAGAUUGAUGAGCCAAAGCCAGAUGAAAGCAAGCGAGCCGAGGAGCACGGUAACAAUGACUCCCUCUUGUCUACCUCAUCUGGCGCCGCAACUGGUUACAGGACUGCGCCGUCCUCACCACCGCCUCCGGCACCUCCUCGUCGGAGCUCCAAGCGCUACUCGAACGUAAGCUUGGCCGAGUCAAUACCUCCGUUGCCAUCCCCGACUCUACGACAACAAGCGCUGCUUUCGAACGCCAAAUCUUGCCCCAAGCAGGCUGACCCACCCGUUCAACGAUCAUUUCCUCUCUUGGGAGGUAGGCCAAAGAACAAAACUAUCCAGCCCAUCAAGACCGAGGAACACGUGCUAUCCAGAAACUCCCGCCGCACAUCGCGAUCCGCGUCCGGUGGCGCCGUUGGCUUACUUCCUACCAGCUCGUCGGAGGAUUCCGGUUCAGACGACCAUUCCACGUCAUCUUUGAGCACUCCGGCUACUUCCCGCCCCCAAUCCGAGCGAGAAUUGUCCCUGGUUUCCUGCAAUAAAGAGGAGGCGGCUGAACAGGACGGCAACGCCGCGGAUGUGCCCCGUCUCAACCUCGCGAGCACGACGUACCCACUCCAUAGUGCGGAGAACUCGGAUGUCGAGGGAGAGGACGCCAUCCAGGCAGCCGCAGAAAAGGUUCUCGCUGUCUUCAACGACAUUCCAGUGCAGAAGCCCGGCCCCGUGGAACGAUGCAGCUCCCCCUCAAGCCUCGCCGCCGACAUGAGCUUUGGGCCUCUGCUUCCGGCGCAGCCACUCAACAUCCCCCCAAGGAAGAGAGGUGCCGCACGAGCAAGCUUGGGCAACACGCUGUCGGCGGCGUCGUACCUGGAAGAAGCUCGCAAGCAGCCGCCAGCCGCCGCGCCGCCUCGCGCUCCGAAGCAGCGCUUCGGCCCGCCCGCCUCAUUCGUCCUGCCAGAUGACGCUUGCGGCGCCGGGGAUGGCCGUCGUCAGCCACUCACCCCAGCUCUGACGGGUAGCGACGUCUGCGGACAAUCUCCGCAUCGCAGACCUGCGCCCGUGCUCGGCGCUGCGGACAGGCUGCCGAUUGACAAGGUUUUUGUCGAAUGCUGCAGCUGCAAGUACUACCACGACAUGCCUAGCCAUCUGUACGCAGCCAUGUCGAACCCCGAAGGCGUCUUCAGCCCGGCCGACCGGUACGGCUUCUCCGGCGCCUUGUCCAUGACGGUGCGGUGUCCGUGGUGCCAGCACGAGAUGAGUGUGCGGUGCUGCGCAGGGAUAGCUGCGACGGUGCACAUUAGAGAACGUUUGCACUGA